UCCUCCGUCAUUCUUCUUCCCCAUCCUCUUCUUUCCUUCCAUUAAUUUGAGGCAAGGCUUUCCAUAUUUCCUUCGACCGAAAUCCAGACCUAUCACAUCUGUCUUACAAGAACUCGCCAAAGUCAAGAGUACAGUUUCAUUGAGCUCCUCUCUUCUGCAUCCAUCUUUGAUCGACGUCAUAACGUAGAUACAACGACGCUACGCAGACGAAACUAGUUUCAUUCAAUGAUCUUCAGUCCGCAUCCGUAACGUAGACAUCCACCGCCUGUUUCCUUCAAAACCCCGACGAAAUCUCCAACAGAUGGUACUCCCACCCGACACGACGCCAAAUCCAAAUCCCAUCUCCUUGUUUCUCCCAGCCAUGUCCUCAGCCGCGGAAGAAUCAACCUCGUCCGGGGCGCCGACCUCGACCCCCGUCCCGGCACCCCCCGCCGCAACCCCCCUCCCCACCCGUCCAAAGUCGCCGGGCCAGCAAAAGCCAAUUCCUGCCGCCGCCGCCGCCGCCGCCGCCGAUCAUUCCCGUCCCUUACCAGACUUCAACCUCCCCAAACUUCGCCUUGAGAUUCGGGACCUCAAGGACCCCGCCGCCGUUCACUUCCUCUCCGCCGUGAACGCCAGCGAUGCUCUCACAACUGCCGUCCGCUCCGUAUUGACUCUGCUUUACGAGUCGCCCUCGUGCAACACCACCCACGUCCCACCAACCCGCUCCGUCACUCUUAUCCUCCGCCACAUGGACGGCGUAGCCUACACGACGGGCUCUGAACUUGACGAUGACCACAAGGAAAUCCACUUCUCCAUGUCCUACAUCGCGGGCAUCCCCGCCGAGCGCCGUACCGACGAGAUCAUGGGCGUGCUCACCCACGAGAUGGUCCACUGCUUCCAAUACAAUGCACACGGAACCUGCCCCGGCGGUCUCAUCGAGGGGAUCGCCGACUGGGUCCGUCUGAACGCGCAUCUGAGCCCGCCCCACUGGAAGCGCGAUGCGAGCGGUAACUGGGACGGCGGAUACCAGCACACGGGCUACUUUCUUGACUAUCUCGAGGCUCGUUUCGGUGCUGGCACAGUGAGGAGAAUCAACGAGAGGCUCCGUAAUCGGCGCUACAAGGAGAAAGAGUUCUGGACGGAAUUGUUGGGCCGGCCUGUCGAGCAGCUGUGGAAGGACUACGGAGAAAAGACAAAGGAUGACGAGACGGUGAUUGUGAACAAAGACGACAUUUCUGACGAUGACGUUAGGCUGGGCAGGUUCCGGGCUGCUGAUGAGAAUCCUGUUCUCAUGUGAGC